GUUUAAUUAGCUUCUUGUCUACCGGUCAAACAGAAUCAAGAAUAUUGAAUGGGGUCUAAAAGAUAGAUAGAUAUAUGUAUGUAUGUUUAUGCUACCAGUACGUCAUGUGGUACCUUUAAUCCCAUUGUGACCAUGGACCAUACCUGAAUAGAAUUUCGACCUCCGCACCGAACCACCAAAACGCGUUAUCGGCUGCUGCCUCCGCAUAACCUCACCGAACAACCAGCAUUAUAACAACUCCAGACCCCAUUGCAAUUCACUCUCUUUUCCUCCUUCGCCCGACACUACCCACACAAAACCAAAACCCAUCUCCCCAAACGAAGACUCCAAAGCGCCAGGGAACCCGGGCCUGACCCCGCACCCCUCGUCAGCUCAAACCCUCCCCUCGAACCGAAGUGCAAUACCAACAACCAAAAUGUCCACCUACGAAGUCGAACACAAUACAACAGACCCAGGCACAGCAACGCCCUCAACCCACCGCCGCCGCCCCGACCUCUCCACAUUCUUCGCGGCCCUCUCCGAAAUCAGCCCCGACGAAGCUCGCACAAGAGAACAUGCCGUCCCCGUCCCGCGCGACGUGAGCGCAGCCUUCUACUCCCUCGCCGAAGCCUUCGACCUGAUGCGCCGCGAUGGCGAGCACAGCGUACCCACCGGCGAAGGUGACAGUGACCUCCUGACGCAGAUGAUUCAGAGCUUGCUGAGCUCGGCCGAGACGCCCCCGCGGGAGGUCGAGGGUGUUAGCGAGGAGUUUUGCGAUGUUCUGGACCGCGUGCCUAAGGCGUCAUUAAAGCCGUCGCAGAGUUGUCCGAUUUGCGGAAAUGCGUUUUUGGAGGACCAGUAUCCGCUUGUUGUGCGAUUGCCGUGCCAUCCGACGCAUCUUUUUGAUUUGGAGUGUGUGCGGCCGUGGUUGAGGUUGAGGGGGACGUGUCCGCUGGAUCGGACGGAUUUUGCGAAGCAGGAGAGGGAGAAGGCUGAGGCUAGGAGAAAGAAGCCAGUCGAGGAUGAUGAGGAAGAGUGGGAUGGUAUGUAUGGUUAGAUGGGGCGUGUGGUGGCUUGUCAUGUUAGUAGGCUGCGGAGUUUCGGGGUGAGGAAGGAGGUUGUGUGUGUGUGAUAUUGGGAGAAUAUUAUCAGGAU